AUGUCUUCUGGCUUUCUUGGUGGAAAGCCCUACACAGGAGGGGGUGGAGCUCCACGGGAUCACGAGAAGCCUAUUGGAGGUUUAGCAGAGAAGCCCCAGAAUUACCGUCACGGGGUUGCAAUUCUUUUCCCCAUCUCUACUGUUACUUUUUGUACAAUUCCUAGCAAAACAUUGAAGCAGCUGCUAGACUGGAAAGCCUUCACCGAGGAGGAGGCCGAGAUGCUGGUAAACCCAUCCUUCUUCCGGAUGGUGGGGAAACUCCAGAGCAAGGUGGAGAAGGACCUGGAACUCUUGGACAAAUCUUUCGAGGCCCUGGCCAAGAAGACAGAGUGGCAGAGUGCAGACCUCUUCAACUACUUCCAGGAGGCUGUGCGGCUGUGGGAGGUGCACCAGAGCGUGCUGUCGGUGCAGGAGCUGGAACUGGAGAGGAGGAUGGAGCAGCACCGGCAGAAGCACAUCGUGGAGAACCAGAUGCAGGAGGCCUGCUUUGAUAAACUCCUGGAUCAGCUGAGACAACAAAGCCACGGAGAAACACUGAAAUUUCACCUGGAAAAGGCCAAAGAUUUUCUGAGGAACAUGAAAUCCAGGUAGGCCAACCAAACCCCAAAACACAGGAGGGGGUGGUCGAGAAUUAUAUCUAGAGUCGUAAGCAGCCUGCAUAGACAUCUUGAGGCACGCUUACCGUGAAAAUUGUGCUUUGACUUCAGAGAAUGGUGUGAUCCUUUGCAACUCUGUUUUCAGCAAGCACAGAGGCUUCCAGGGAGAAUUUUGAUAAGUUUGUGGAGUGAAAUUUCAAGGCCACAGGAUGUAUUGGGUCAUCAGAAAAGUCAUGACACA